AUGUCGCAGCCGACGGUGGCCCCGGUGGGGCACCGCGAGCUGCAGCAGCUGAGCGCGUUCCUCGCGAAAUCGGACGGGAAGGAGAAGCUGCUAACCGCCAUCCAGUACGCGAGCAUGUUCAUCGCGGCGGGGAGCCCCGGGAACGCGGCGAACGUGCAGAAGUCCGUGGCCGCGGCCAGGAAGGUCAUGCACUUCCUCCAGCCCGUGCAGGUCGCGGCGCCGCUCGUGCUGCAGGGCGUCAGAGUGAAGCAGAGCCAGCUCAGCACCGUGGGCGCCAGGAAGCUCAGGGCGCUGUUCUUGGCGACGUACUUCGGGUUCGACAACCUCGUGUGGGCCUAUCAGGUCGGGCUGCUCAAGGGCGCGGACGCACAGACCCGCGCCCAGCGCCUGUCGUGGUACUUCCUCAUGGCCGGCUCGGCGCUCGGGGUCGUCGCGGAGGUGUCGGAAAUCCUCGCAGCCGUCUACCAGGCGCUCGCGCGCGCAGCCACCUCCGGCAGCGUGGCCCAGUCCGACGGGACGGUUGCUGGCAAACCCAGCACGCCCUGGGCGCUGCUCCCUUCCAUGGACACGGUGAUCGACCGCGCCAUCAAGCUCGCCGUCCCCACGUGCCAGACGCUCCUCGGCCUCGGGCUGCUGCAGCUCCUGCCGCUCAAGCCGCGGCGGACGGCCACGUUCGGGUUCGUCGCCGCAGUGCUGAACUGCUACAUGUUGAUGCCACCAAAGCCCCCGCUGCCGGCGCCGGAGAAGGCGAAGACCAGCUGA